AGGGCUAUUUGACCAAGAAAGAGAGUGAUGGGGUGCUGCGCCAGAUGACCUGGCCUCCACAGUCACCGGACCUGAACCCAAUCGAGAUGGGUGAGCUGGACCGCAGACAGAAGGCAAAAGGGCCAACAAGUGCUAAGCAUCUCUCGGGGAACUCCUUCAAGACUGUUGGAAGACCAUUUCAGGACUUGCUGUGCUGAAGCAUGUUUUAACACCAAGAAUGAAAGCAUCACAUGUUGCCAUUGAGACUAUGAAGGAACACCUGGAUGCUGUCUAUGAUGUAACUGUUGCAUAUGAGGGAACACUCACAGAAGAUGGCCAGAGACGUCCUGCUCCUACAAUGCCAGAGUUCCUGUGCCAGGAAUGCCCCAGAGUUCACAUCCACUUCAACCGCGUGGGCAUGAGGGAAAUUCCUGCAGAGCCAGUGUUCUUCCGCAGAUGGCUGCAUGAAAGAUUUGAAAUCAAGGACAAGCUUCUAACUACUUUCUAUGAUCCUGAAGAUCCUGAGAAAAAGUGCAGGUUCCCUGGAGAAUGCCAAAAGUCACAACUUAGUCUUACAAAGACAUUGCCUUCUCUGCUGAUUUUGGGUGGCCUCACUUUGCCAAUGCUGUUAACAGAGUCAGGAAGAAAACUCUAUCUCAAUACCUGGCUCUAUGGUACUCUGAUUGGAUGGGUGUGGGUAAGUGUAAGUCCAUAAACUAGCCAAACUGGGGUGGGGGGGGGCAUCCAUAUCAACACUUUGGUUUCAUCAUUUAAUUCAUUUAUCACCAUAGUUUAUUUUUGGCUCAUAGUAUACAUCGAAGAGGAUUAUUUAAUUUUUUCAUUUGUUUUAUUUUAUACUCUUAACUGGCAGAAAGAUAAAACAGUAACACUGUGUCUGCACUGCAAACAAGUAUGAGAUGCAAAAAAACUAAAAUGUCCCAGUUGUCAGCAUAAUAUGCUUACAGCACUGUAGACGGAUGUGAAGAUUUAUAAUAGGAAUGUUUCAGUAUUGUUGCAUGUCAUCAUUGAGUUGUGAUUUUGACCCAAUGUUAGUGUUUCUAUACGAUCUGAGCUCAAUUGUAAUCUGAAAUGCAAAAAUGGAUAACAAUAUGGAACACAGAGACGAUGUUUGUGUUUGGUAUUAAUGUUGAGUAUACCCAUGGCAGUCUUGAAACAUUUUUCAUUUAACCAUAUGAUUGGCCUUGUUGGAACCAUGUGUUUUUAAUUUACAGUAUGCAAGUUUUUUUUUUUUUUUUUUUUUUUUUUUUUUUGUGUAGUUCUGAAUAUUGUUAAUGAUUUCUAAAAUCAGUUGUGUUUACAGGGCCUGUAUUUCAUUAUCCUGAUGGGUUUUCUUUUAGAAUAUUUGGAGUAUUUUAUUAUUUUAUGCUGAUUUUCAUUAUGUAAUUCAAGUAUUUUUUUUGUUAUGCGCAUUGGGUUUUGUUUGUAUGGGUUUUGAUUUGUAUUAUUUUUUUAUUAUUAUUUGAUGCCAAGAUCUAAAAAGCCUGUCAGAUAUGGGCUUUUUAUUAUCAGUGUUUGCACUGUUGCUAAAUAUUUCACAGAUAGUUGCUUAAAUUACUUGUUGCAGGAGUAUUAAAGAUUGUUCAAUCAAAAA